AUGAAGGGUCUCUCUGGUGGCCGCCCUGCCCAGCUGCAGCUCACCUCUCCCAUCUCAGCUCACACCUGUGGCCUGGCCGAGUGCGACCAUUCCCUGGACCACCACCUUUAUCAUGGCGACUCAAGGUCACCCUCCUACCUCCUUAGCCCCACUGAGAGCUGCCCCCUUGAUGGUCACCACCGCUGCUCCCCGCGAAGCUCCAUCCACUCUGAGUGCAUGGUGAUGCCCGUGUCCAUGUCAGCCACUGACCACUCCAUCUCUAGUAGCACUUUCCCCCGCAUGCACUACGGCAGUGCCACACGGGACAACGCUGGAAACACGUCUGGUGGCAGGGACUCCCGAGAUGACUGUGGCUCCUCCUCACACGGCGGCAGCGGCAAGAUGAACCGAAUCCCAGCAAACCUCAUGGACCAAUUUGAAAAGCAGAUGCCGCUGCAACGGGAUGGCUUCCACACAUUGCAAUACCAACGCACCUCCACCACAACCACGACCACAGAGCAGCGCAAUGAAAGUCCUGGGCGAAUACGCCACUUAGUUCACUCGGUACAGAAGCUUUUCACAAAGUCGCACUCUCUAGAAGGAUCCUCCAAGAUGAAUGGCACCAAAGGCGACUCGCACCGGGAAGGCUCACACCACCACCAUAACCAUCACCAGGGCCACCACAAACACAGCAAACGCAGCAAGAGCAAAGACCGUAAAUCUGAUGGUGGUGGCAAGCAACGCUCUGGAGGAUGGUGGAGCUCGGACGACAACCUGGAUAGCGACAGCACAUACAGGACGCCGAGCCUCAUGUCGCGACAUCCCGUUGAACACAUCAGCCACUGUUACCCUGACUCCAUGCACAGCCACCUGGCAGGAGACCUGUCGCUAAAACCCUCUAAGAGCAACAACGACGUCAAGUGCUCGGCCUGCGAGAGCAUAAGCAUGGCACCAGAGGGCAAAUUCAUGAAGAGGAGCUCCUGGUCAACACUAACGGUCAGCCAGGCCAAGGAGGCCUACAGGAAGUCCUCACUCAACCUGGAGAAGCCCAUGACACCAAUUGACCUCAAGCCCAACAUCAGGCCCUGUCACUAUCUACAGGUGCCCCAGGAUGAGUGGGCGGGUUACCCUGGCGGCGGGAAGGAUGACGAGAUCCCCUGUCGUCGGAUGCGGAGCAGCAGCUACGUUAAAGCCAUGGGGGACGAGGAGAGCGGCGAGUCGGAUUCCAGCCCCAAGACUUCGCCUCAGAAGCUGGUGCGGCCAGACGCCCUGGUCAAGGCCAUCAUCAGACCAAGGGAACUGCUUGAUUCUCAGAGUCAGAGCUACCACCUGCAAGCCGCCAGGGACAUGCACCCCGGCAUUGCCCUGGAUCCCUCAGCCAACUACAACUCGCCCAAGUUUCGCUCCAGGAACCAGAGCUACAUGCGGGCUGUCAGCACCCUCAGUCAGGCUAGCUGCGUUAGCCAAGUGAGUGAAACAGAAAUAAAUGGCCAGUUUGAGUCGGUGUGCGAGUCGGUGUUCAGUGAGGUGGAAUCCCAGGCCAUGGAGGCCUUGGACAUCCCCGGCUGCUUCCGCACCCGCAGUCACAGCUACCUGCGAGCCAUCCAGGCCGGCUACUCCCAGGACGAUGACUGCAUCCCCCCCAUGGCCUCCACUGUCACCUCCACCAUCAGAGCCACCACAGGGAUCCAGUUCUGCCUCCCCUCCACCUGCAGCAUUGAUCGGACUCCCCAACAAACCCCAGCCAUCACCUACACACCCAACUACAAGAAGACCCCCCCUCCGGUCCCCCCGCGCACCACCUCCAAACCCCUCAUCUCCAUCACAGCCCAGAGCAGCACCGAGUCCACCCAGGACGCGUACCACGAUGGGAGGCACCCUCACGGUGGGAUGUGGGCCCCCGACGGUCUCAGCCUGGGGUUUGGUCCGGGUCGGGGACUCUACAACUCCACCGACAGCCUGGACAGCGCUAAAGCCGUGACCAUAGCCAUGGAGGCAGCCGGGGUCAUGGCGGGAAAGAGACACCCGUCCACAGACAGCCACAGCUCGGUGCUCACCUGCGACAAGGCCGUCCUGGUGUCCAAGGCCGAGGAGUACCUGAAGACACCUCGAUCGUCUAUAGGGAUACAGGUGGAAGCAGCCACCGACUCCGAAUCGGAAAGCAAAAGCUCACCGGAGUACCACUCUGUUGGGAUCCAGGUAGAAGAUGAUAAGAAAGGACAGGGCAGGUUCAAGCGCUCCAACAGUGUGACUGCAGCUGUGCAGGCUGACAUGGAGCUGGAGUGCUUCCCCACCAUGGAGGACAAAGGCCUGCAGUUCGGCGGGGGCUUCCAGCGCCACUCGGAGCCCAGCACCCCCACGCAGUACGGGGCGGUGCGAACCGUACGCACCCAGGGACUCUUCAGCUACCGCGAGGACUACCGUACCCCCAGUGAACCCCCCAGCCCCAGGGAGACGACCAGCGAGGCCACAUGGCAGCUGGAGCCCCCCUCCCAGCGGGAGAGCGCAGUCUCGUCAGUGGAGUCGGGCAGGGCGUCCCCCUCCCUGCGGAGGGACGGGAGCUGGUUCAUGCAACUGCUUCACACGGAGACCAAGAGGAUAGAGGGCUGGUGUAAAGAGAUGGAGGCCGAGGCUGAAGAGAACGACCUGUCAGAGGACAUCCUAGGGAAGAUCCGAAGUGCAGUGGGAAGCGCUCAGCUGCUCAUGUCUCAGAAAUUCCAGCAGUUCUAUUGGCUGUGUCAGCAAAACCUGGACCCCAGUGCCAUGCCGCGGCCCACCUCUCAGGACCUGGCCGGCUUCUGGGACCUGCUGCAGCUCUCCGUCGACGAUGUCACCAUGAAGUUUGACCAGCUGCAGCUCAUCAAGAACAACAACUGGAGGCCCGGCGACAGCCCGGAGAAGAAGGGGAGGAGCCUCCCCGGCACGCCCCCAGCUCCACUACCAAAGAAGACAGUUCGACAGAGGAGUUUGGUGACAAGGGAGAAAUCCUUGGACCUCCCAGACAGGCACCGACAGGAGGCCCGGCGGCGGCUCAUGGCGGCCAAGCGGGCGGCCUCCUUUCGGCAGGACUCGGCCUCGGAGCGAGCGGACAGCAUCGAGAUCUAUAUUCCUGAGGCUCAGACCAGACUUUGA